AUGAUGAGAUUAGCAAAGCUCAUAACUGCCUUGGUUUUUGCCCUGAUUCAACUUGUCCUCCUAAUCAGCUGGGCCAAGAAAACUCAGUCAAUCACAAAGCUUUCUGUGGCAUUGAGUGCUAUAAAUUUGGCAGUGGCAGUGCAGAUUGUGAUCUUGUCGUGGGUUGAAGAUGAGCGAUCAGUCAGACCAUCAUCACUCCUCGCUAUUUACCUUCUCUCCACGUUGCUCUUCGACAUUGUACAGACACGGACGUUGUGGCUGUCCCACAGGAACACAUUGAUUACUAGUCUAUUCACGGUCAGUGUCGCUGUGAAGACUGCAAUGGUGUUUUUCGAGAGCCUGGGGAAGCGGGAACACCUUAUUGGUUCCUAUCAAGAUCUUCCACCAGAGUCGACAAGUGGAAUUUUCAAUCGAUCAUUCAUGUGGUGGCUGAACCGUCUAUUUCUCAAGGGCUUUCGAUCAUUGCUUACAAAUGAGGAUCUUGAUCAUCUCGACGGGCCCCUGGAGUCCGCAGGAACGGCGCGGAAAGCAUUGAGGGCUUGGGUUUUACGACGGUGUCCGGAGCGCCGUUUCGAAUUCCCAUGGCAAAUGGGCCGAGCAUUCAAGGGUCCUAUUGCUGUGACCGUACUUCCACGCUUGUUCUCGAUCGGUUUUACAUUCUCGCAGCCGUUCUUGAUCUCAUCUGUUCUCAGCUGGCUUGAUAACCAACACAGCGCAAGCAAUGAAGGCUACGGUCUCAUCGCCGCAACACUUCUAAUAUAUUUGGGAAUAGCCAUAUCAAAUCUCAUAUACGAUCAGAUGUUGUACCGGGUUGUGACAGUGUUUCGAGGGGCAGCCUCGUCGAUGAUAUAUGACCAUGCCCUGCAAAUCCCAGAUGGCACCCUAGGUGAUCGUUCUGCCACAAUUACUUUAAUGACCACCGACGUUGACCGGAUCAUCGCAUGUCUAAUCGAGUUGAAUGAAUUCUGGGCGCGGACAAUCGAAGUGGGAAUUGGCAUUACGCUACUUGCGCUUCGGCUGGGUUGGGUUUGCCUGAUGCCAUUAGCAAUAGUUCUCGUAUCUAGUGGAGGAGCUGUUUAUAUCUCGAAGCACAUAGGAACACACCAGAAAAUAUGGGUGGAUGCCGUGCAGCAACGCAUUGCGAUCACCCGUUCACUUCUGGAAGGUAUCCAAACAAUCAAGGGGACUGGGUUGGGUCAAACCUUUAUUCGUCUUGUACAGAGGAAAAGAGUCCAAGAAACCCGUCAAAUGGCUAAGUACCGAUGGAGCAUUGUCUGGAAGAAUAUGAUCCAGAAUAUUCCUUGGGCCUUAGCUCCGGCUUUGACCUUCAUGGUCUACGCCGUUCAAGGAAAUGAACUGAAUGCUACAAAGGCAUUCAGCAGUCUGUCUAUUAUAACCCUUCUAACUAAUCCAGCUUCUAAGCUUCUCAGCGCUAUCCCUUCCAUUACGGCUGCGACCGGAUCCUUCGAUAGAUUGCAAGCAUUCCUUCUGCUGGAACCCGGUCAUCAACGGCCACUGAAUGGUCUUUUAUGCACGAGUCAAACGGAAGUUGAUGAAUCUCUGCAUAUCACCAAAACACAAAAUAUGCAUUUCAAUGGCCCACAAUAUAGCACUGAUCUUGAAACACUUGUCAUCUCUAUGGAAGGUAUCAGCAUCCGCCCAUCCGCUUCGACGAAAGCUGUCUUAAGAGAUGUCAAUCUCCAAGUCCCUCUCGGAGCGCUGGUCGUCAUCCAAGGGCCAGUUGGAUCAGGAAAAUCGACCCUUCUUCGGGCUAUCCUUGGCCAAGCAGUGUGCGAGUCAGGAUCCACAACAGUGACCAUUCGACAACCUGCUUUCUGCGCACAAACACCUUGGGUCCCAAGUGGCACCAUCCGGGAUGCGAUUUGUGGAAACUUCUCGCCCGGUCCAGUGAAGGAUAGAAGUUUUGAUAAAAAGUGGUACACAUCUGUUCUUCACGCCUGUGAUCUCAAUCCAGAUCUGGAUCUGCUUCGUGAGGGAGACGCUACGCGAAUUGGGCACGGAUCCGGCCAUAUACUGAGCGGCGGUCAAAUGCAUCGUGUGGCUCUUGCUCGAGCGGUGUAUGCUCGCAGGAAGCUUUUGUUGUUGGACGACAUAUUUAGCGCACUGGACCGGAAGACCAAGGAUACUAUCAUAACGCGUCUUUUGGGAGUCAAUGGACUGCUCCGAAAAGCAGAUUGGACCAUUAUUUUAGUCACACAUGAAGUGGAGCACCUGCCGUGUGUGGAUCAGAUUUAUGUUCUUUCAGAUGGGCGUCUAAAUCAGCAAGACCUCUGUAAGGGGAAUGUCUACCAAGGAUUCAGGUCUGAUGAUGUGGAGGCUCAGGGGUCGAAUGAGACCCCAGGGCUGGUGAUAGAGGACAAAGCCGCCAUGGUCUCCGACGCGAAUGAGGUCGACGAUCUCAGGCGGGCAACAGGGGACUCUGCUGUCUACAUGUAUUAUUUGCGCUAUGUUGGGUGGACCAAUGCUGUGAUAUUUGUCUUCUUCGUGAUAAUGAAUGUGUUCUCUAGCACAUACAGUCACAUUUGGCUGAAGCAAUGGGCUGACCGUGGAGGAGCUCAAAAGCAACUCUAUGUCACUGUCUAUUUCUUGCUAGCCCUUUGCAACACCUUCGGAAAUGGUGGUUAUGUUUGGGCUAUCCUCAUUCUGAUCUCACCCUCAACAGCGCGUCGGCUUCAUUACCUCAUACUGAAGACUGUUGUAAUGGCAACGCCUCAAUUUCUAGCUACUGCUGACAUCGGGUCAAUAAUAAAUCGAUUUAGCCAGGAUAUGACCCUGAUAGAAAGCGACUUGCCUAUUGGCAUCCUAAUCACGGUAUCAAAUCUCUUUUCAUCAAUUGCCGAUGCUGCACUGAUUGCGACCGGGUCAAAGUACAUGGCAAUAUCUGUGCCUUUCUUGGUCAUCUCGGUCUGUUUAUUGCAGCAUUUCUAUCUGAAGACAUCACGACAACUUCGACUACUGGAGCUGGAAAGCAAAGGUCCGUUGUACUCCCAUCUACUUGAUACGGUCCAGGGUCUCGCUACAAUCCAAGCAUUUGGCUGGGAAGCAGAGUUUCGGACCACGAAUUCAACAUUAUUGGAUGUUACCCAGCGCACAUAUUAUAUGCUUCAUUGCAUUCAGCGCUGGCUCACCUUAGUCUUGGACCUUAUCGUCGCUGCCGAGGCGGUCAUUGUUGUUACUUUGGCAGUGUCCUUAAGGCAUACAACCAGUGUCGGAUUGCUUGGAGUAUCGCUCAACAGCGUCCUCGCCUUCAAUGGUAGCCUUUCAUCUCUAAUAUCGGGCUGGACACAAUUGGAGAUAUCACUGGGCUCAAUUUUACGCGUCAAACAAUUUGAACUUACGACACCAUGUGAGGAUGUCACUGGGCAAGAAACAAUUCCCAUCGACUGGCCAGGUCAAGGAGCUAUUGAGAUCACAGGGAUGGCUGCACAGUAUAAUCCUGAAACAACAGUACUGAGCAAUGUGUCUCUGAGAUGUUCGCCAGGUCAGAGAAUCGGUAUCUGCGGACGUACUGGAAGCGGAAAGAGUUCUUUACUAUCGACAUUAUUGGGCAUGCUCACUGUGACCAGCGGGUCGAUUGUCAUCGACAAGAUUAACCUCGCUACACUUCCUCCUGAUAAAGUCCGCCAAAGGCUGGUCACCAUUUCCCAAACACCGCUCAUAAUGGUUCGCUGUACAAUCAGAUUCAAUCUAGACCCCACCGAAGACCUCCCCGACGCAGUCAUCAUUGCCGCUCUCGAACGAGUUGGGAUCUGGGAUGGUGUUCUACUUGAAAGAGGCGGGUUAGAUGCCGAAAUAAACGACAGUCUAUCGCUAUCUCGAGGCGAGCAACAACUGCUACAACUUGCCCGUGCAAUGCUCAAGAUACAAGCAACCAACGCUAGGGUCUUGUUGAUAGAUGAAGGCACCAGCAGCGUCGACAUGGAAACCGAUUCCCGCGUGCAAGAACUUCUGCAACAGGAUCCCUUUCGUACAUGCACACUCCUUACAGUUGCACAUCGUGUUCACACUCUUUUGAAUUACGAUGUGGUUGUUGUUCUAGACCGGGGAGAAGUGGUAGAGAUGGAUACACCCAUGAUUCUGAGUAAUCGGAAAGAUAGCAUCUUUAGCAGCCUGCUUGAUAAUGACGGGCAUUAG